AUGCCGGAAGGGUCCUCUGAAAAAUGGCUGCUGGAGGCAGCAUUUGACCAUUUGGUCUUGCCGCCUAAGCUUCCAGCAAGCCCAGAUAACGACUCUGUUCCGCUCAACUGGGAGCUGACGGCGCGCUUCCUCGACGCUUGCAAGCAAAUGAGGUGCGAUGAGUCCAAAGACAUUUGGAGCACGGUAGAGAAAUCCUUGCUCCUGACACAGAAUCUGAACCGGGGACCCGUCUCCAAGGAAUCUCUGGUUGCAGCAUUCUCCCAAGUUGCUCAAGACGAAUCCGUUGCCUGGCUUGUCCUUCACGCUGUGGAGCAAAACGCUGCCAUCAUCAUUCACAAAAACACCGACACGAGGGAAGUGGUUUUUGAGGCAUUCGAGGCUUCACCUACUUCUCCGGCUGUACUCGAAGCCAACCACGCCCUCCAGUGGACCUUUCCUGGUCGUUCCGUUGCUAUAGCUGAGUCCGAGUUUUGCAAAGACUCGUUCCAGGAUGGCCUUGCAGAUUUCUUGGAGCAGGCCAGUGAGGUGGCCUUGGACCAGUUUGCAGCCCGAGCAUGCAAGGGGGGGGAAAUGGUCGUCGAGUCACGCGAAACUCCGAGUCCGGCGCUCAUUACGGAAAUGCUCAUGUCCUUUCUCGAGGCCACGGGGAGGGCCUUUCCAGUCCAUGUCGUUCAAAAACGCGUCAGAGACGACGUUGUGCUUAGAUUGUCCGAAGCUCCAUGGAGGCGGUCUCCCUACUGGUUGGCGCUUCGAGUUGCCGUGCAGCGAAUGCUGUUGACUUCAUGCGGUGAGGAUCUCGGUACGAGUCGCGUCCACUUCAAGUUCGCCAUGUGCGUCGUCUUUGCUCGUCUCCUCACCGACUGUCAGCCCGCUCUGCAUCCCGAAAAGACUCUCAUGUUGCAGGCCAAAUUGUGUCGUCGGCUGGCCAAGCUGCAAACUGCCAUGUCUGAGGCUCCUGCUGUGCUCCGUCAGCUGUACGAAAGAGAGUUCUCCAAGACAAGAUCCUUUUUCGAAUCCACUCUGGCCAACGCAAAGCGGGCCAUGGAAACUCUUUGGGACGCCCACAAGAGAAGGGUAACUCGUUCCAUACCACUUCUUCCAUCGCGCGCUUCCAGGAGCGAUCAGGUCUUGAAGUUACAAAACAGCGGAAGUAAGCUGCAGAAACUUUUGGGUACCAGCAUCGAACCACCCAAACCACAGUGUCUCCUCGGCCCUCCCUCGCUCGCUGAAGGAACAGUGUCACAGGUUGACGAGUUUGCAACUCAAUGCUCCAAGCUCAUGGUCUGCGACAGGGAAGCAAUGUCACAGCUACAUGGUUCAUUUACCUCCCCCGAAGCCAAAUGUAUCAAGCUUUCUCGGACAAUGAUCGAAUACAUGAAUACGGUCAAGGACUGCUACCGCGAUAAUGAGAUCCUGAUGAGCCAGUAUCUGCUCAAUCUUUUUGAGCUGUGGGUUGCUAACGACUCUCUAGCAACCGCUCUAUGUCCCCUUCUCCAUGACUACCACCCCGUCUUUGUUCCUGAGGCUAUAGACUUGCUUUGCGUCAUGACAAGAAACGACAUGGAGCGACUCCGCCGUGUGCAGCGAUAUAUAUCCGACCGCAUCAAGCGCUGCAAGGACGGUUACGGGACCAUCUUCAGCGACCCGUGUUGUACCACGGCUUUCGCUGCAUCCUGUCUACGAGAAGGCAAUAACAACUCUGACCUGCACUCACUGGAAGUACGGAUUGAAGCUGCGUCUGCGAGGUCCGCGCAGUCCAAGAGAAUAGAACUGCGCCGACUCAUGACCGAAUACGACGAAUUGACGGUCCAAAUUCAGCAGGGGGUCUGUCGUUGCACUCGUAUGCUGGACGGCCGUCUCGAUGUGAAGGGCUGUAAAAAAUGCUGGCAAGCGCGUUGUCGUAAGCGCCUCAAGAUCAAGGUUCAUGAGGCAUUCCUUCCCCAAGACGAAUCGGCCAAAGCCGCCAUUUUGCUUGAACUCAACAUGCCCCAAUAUCUCCACAUGUAUCGAGAUGCGACCUGGACAUUGAGAAUGAUGGGAACAAAACGAUUUUCUGAAAGUAAUGCGGCCAUGCUGUUAAAGGACUUUGAGCCCCUGCGGAACUUUGACGGCAAAAAUAUGUCGACCUUGAUAACUUUGGCAUCUCGUAAAAAGUCUUUUUUGCAAACACACUACAGAGCGCAAAAGCUGCCCAAGUUUGAAGCUGAAGUGCUGUUGCCCUUCGGCGCGGCUUUUACGUACUAUGACGCAAAAAACAUGAUAUGGGUGGGCGAACAUGACGAGGCACCAUGGUAUCAUCAUUUACUCGGUUCUUGGCUUCCGACUAGUGUUUCAGAUCCCUUUGCUGAAGCUUCAUUGUACAUGGACAACACAGAGCACCCGAGCUCCUAUGAGAUUGCAGCUCGCCAAGAUGCAUGCCCCAGAAGCAUGUCCCCCCAUGAGUACACGGCAUAUCAGCGGGCCAUCUCGGGCGUAUACAGACGAUGGAUUAUGCUUGUCUGUGAGCUCGGGUCGACAAACCUGAGUCUCAGCAGCAACAUGACGCUCAAGCUCUUUGCACGGUUGGCAUUACAGUCUGGUCCAGAUCAAAGGUCAGAGAUUUUGGGCAAAGUCCAUUCUAUUUUCCACGAUGUUGCAUUCUGCGAAAGAUUAGAGCACCAGAUCCGACUACGUCUAAAUGCCUUGAGUUCUGGCCGAAAAGACCUAGUCUGCAUGAGCAUUCUCAUCACUCUCAGCCUACGAUUGCACCACUUGUGCCCGAGUGAUUUCAGGGCAAACGUGGCCAAGUUGCUUCGCCAAAUCCGUGACGUUUUGUCUCUUUGGAUAUUUCAGCUUCGUGAUGAAGUGAGAUACACAGAAAAUGGGGAGACGGCCCGGAAAGCAGCCUUGAGUGCGUUUUGGGCCGCAAUGCUUUACCGCCAAACUUUUGACGUUUCUCUGGCUCCCGACAAUGUGCCUCAGUUUGGAGAGCAAGAAGCCCUGCAUUUCUUCCGAGCAUCAAUUGCACUUUCUGAGAAUCUUAUUGUAAACCUGGGCGACAUUCCCCCCGAUCUAAAGCGACUGCUGGCUCAGGACAUGAGAAAGGCUUACUCUCGUAGUGACAAGAUCAGAGCAUGGACACUUUUAAAUUCUUCCGCAUUAGAGAAAGUUAUCAAUGAGACUUGGGCAGAUGAUGGGAGCUCCAAGUCUCGUUCAUUUUCAGAAUGGAACUGCCUCGAUGGGGGUCAUUGGGUGUCAUCAAGAACCAUUGGAACGGGACUGGUCGCCUCCCAGACCAUCCACUAUCAUGUUCUCCAGGGACAUCUCUUGAUAGAUGGUAAGCCUUUGGGGAAAUUACCCCUUGAGAUUAGAGACGACAAGAAUAUCUUGGAGCUUUUCCAGGGGCAACACCUACUUACAAGACCCUCGGGUGUCGCUGGAAUGGAAUACCAGAUCGUCAACAGUGUUGGCAAACACGAGGUCCACGUUGGACUCAGGGAAGGCAAGGUGGUCAUUCGUGCCAAGUUUAUGGACUGUCUCAUAGAGCACGUUCCUCGGGAAAUCUUCAAGGGCGAUAAAGUGCCAGACCUUCCUUCUGGACUAGUUGAUGGCUGCGUGCACUGGUUGAACUUGCGCACGGGUGAGCUUGAGAUGCGUCGAAAGCCAGACAUAUGGUUAUCAAAGUAUUCAAACUGGGUCUUGCAUGUUCGAAGCCGAAUGGCAACGCGCGGACAGAAGAAGGGCCUGGUGCCAGGCGCAACGAUGAUCAAAAACAGGACGUGUUUGGUCGAGCCGCAGUCAGAAGUAGGGAAGCAUAUCAUGCAUAUCUUCCAAGACUUUGAGAGCCCAGGAAACUUGACGGUUUAUCAACCACUAAGUGACAAUGGCCGUCUUUCUGUUGAGAUCAAACGUCUGGAAAUGAGUUUCUUCGUCAAUGCUAGAGGUUUGCUAUCUUCGAAUCAGCUUCAUUCUGAAAUUGAUCCAGUGCAAAACAUAGGUACACUUCAUGGUCUUCAAAGCAAGCUCGUGCUGCGCCAUACCUCGAACUUUCGUCGUAAAAGCGUCAUGGUUCCCAUCGGACCCCUUUUCUGGGAAAGACAGGGGCCGCAUGUUUCAGUCAAGAUCUUGAACGAGGGGAGCUAUGCUCUCUUCACUGUUGAUCCUCUCCUAGGGAGACUCAACUGUGCCCCCGAGCCUGCACUAUUAUAUAUGAAAGCUUUGAUCCAUGCCAUAACAUCUUUCCCUAUACCAGACGAACUUACUGGGCGGACAGGCACCGAAGAGGCUUGCCUAUGCUUAACCGCUGCCCAAAGCCAGCCAUGGAAACCACUCGGGUUUGUUGCGAAGAAAAUGUUGUCCAGGAUCAUUGCUCUUAGCCCGAAGCGAAAAUACUAUCCAGAAUACAAGAGACUUUACCAAGACGUUUUCUGGGACAAGAGCUUGACUGCCACAAUUCAACAUGAGUAUCUGGCUAUUCACGCUGGAGAUAUACUUCGGCAGUCUCAGGCACUGGAUAUCCCCGAGAACGCUACAGGCGAACAAAGUCAGGUUGAGAUGGACCUUCCAGACCUACAUCAUCUCGCUCUUCGGGGCAUUAUUCGUCGGCAGGUUUAUGAACGGAACAAGUAUCCUUCUGAUCUAAGAGUACUAUCGCAGGCCAAUGACAAUAGGUUGUACAUACCGCGUGGCUCUAGUUAUCAGUCCGAAGCAAGUAUUCGGGUUUAUCGCGUCAUCAAAGAACUACGGGAAGGAUCUGGUACAAUCUCGGAGCUUCCUGAACUAAGCCCCAUCUUACAGAAGUGGCAAGAUAUUGAUGGCUUCAACGCCACCAUGAGUACACUGGACAUUCAACGAAAUUUGAAUGCUGAUGCAUCCCAGGUGUUUUGCCCAUUGAUAACAAGGUUGAGAUGUCCGGAUGGCGUGACAGAUUCCAUUACUCAACUGAGUCUUGCACUUUAUGCUUUUGGCGAAAAGGCCGACACAGAAGUCAUUGCCUGGCUGGUGGCUCUCGCAAAUAACUGCACGAUGCGGGAUAUUGAACCGCCCAAGGUUGACAGAUUCACGGGUUUCAACCCUUUUCAGAAGCCCAACAAGUCACACACCGAGGAUUCGGUCGUGGCUGUCCAGAAUUCUUAUUCGACUUGGGAAUCCACUCGCGUCAAUGGCGACAAGAAGCACAAAUCUCUCCAUACGGAACCGUGCGACAUCGAGGAGUACGAUUUCUGCAUCGCGCAAGAGGCGGAGUCAGUGGCAUCUUGGCUGGAAAAGGCGUGGCCCGAUAUUCCUCUCACACUCGCCGGAUUUGUGGGAUCUUGUAACGAGUUAGAAUUGAAGAUUUUGGAUUUGACAAAGACCUGGGAAUUCUUGGGGCCAGAGUUGCAAAGGCUGUCGCAAAAUCUUAGCUUGUCGGAUUAUGUGCGGUCUCUCGAAGAUGAAGCGGGAAAACUACGCAACGAGUGUAGCAAUGCUAUGUUGGCGGCUCAAAGCGCUUUGUAUAAUGCGAAGCCCAGUUUCUCAACGACAAGGACAGCUCCCCAAGCUUCAUGGGCAACUCUUCAAGCUUCAUGGACCACUCCUCAAGCUUCAAGCUCCCCCAGGGUUGCGUACCAUGUCCCAUGUCUUACCAAGGUGUUUCGAAAUAGUCGUGGAAGGAUUGAGAUCUUUUCCGGAGGUCCUCAGCUGCCAAAAUCCUCGGGAUUAGAGGCCCCUGAUCACCCCAAGGACUGUUCUAUUCUCGAAAGGCUUCCGCGCAUUUCGAGUGAGCUGUCGAUGCUGUAUGAAAUAGUUCAACCAUUCAAGGCGGGUCAAAAUUUGAUCAAGCGGCAGUAUGGUCAGGACCUAGAGGAUUCAAUCGCGGCAAUGGCAUGGGAUCUUGAGCAGCCUCAGCUGCAAACUCUCGGGCUUGCUAUGGCCGGACUUGCGUUGACUACAGAAAACUUGGAAGUUGAAAUUGCAGCUGUUGAACAGGAUCUUCGUGAAAAACUAAUUCUCGUUCAAAAAGCUUUAUCCAGCCAGGACGCAUGCUAUUUCUGGCUCGAAGCAGGCCACUUAUGGCCGUGUGACUCUCUUGCUGCCAUCCUUGAGCAGCUCCGUCUCGAUAACUAUAAGCAUCUUACCUUGCAACUAAAAAGCUCACUGGUACAGCUUGGGAUCUUGGUUACCAAACUACAGCAACUUCUACGAAUGCAUGAUGCAGAACGGUGUCGUGAUAGAAAGAAGCUCCUCGAGGAGAAGAAUAGCACGGGUCAUUCCAACUGGACUCCAAUGGAUUAUCCAGAAUGGCUAUUGCUUGAAAUCGACAACAAUAUCUUGAUCAGGCCUGCUCAGGUAGAGGUAGCAAAAGCCAUCAUAUCGCCGCAUUCCAACCAAAACUCCGUUUUGCAGAUGAACAUGGGUAAAGGGAAAACAUCUGUUGUGAUGCCAAUGGCUGCGCUGAUUUUGGCGGACAAGACCAAACUCUGCAGAAUUAUAGUCCCAAAAGCUCUCUUACUUCAAACGGCACAGGUCAUCCAAAGCCGUAUUGGGGGCCUCGUUGGACGCCAGGUUUGUCACGUCCCUUUCGCCAGGCGAUCACCUUCCGACGCAGCCACGUUAUCUCGAUAUCGGGCCAUUCACCAAGAGAUGCAGGUGAGGGGAGGGGUGAUGAUUUGCCUCCCGGGACAUAUCCUUUCUUUCAAGCUGAGUGGGCUGCAGCGCCUAGCAGAUGGCCAGAAGCAAGCUGGAAAUAAAAUGGUAGAGACUCAGCACUGGUUAGAUACCACUUGCCGCGAUAUCUUGGAUGAGUCUGAUUUAACCUUGUCCGUCCAAACGCAAUUGAUCUAUCCGAGUGGGGAUUUUACCGUCGUUGACGGCCAUCCUUACCGUUGGCUUGUUGUGGAGGAACUGCUGAGCUUGGUUGAGAAGCACGCUUUGAGUCUCCAGGAUCAAUUCGAAGGCGAGAUUGUUGUCGUUCAGAGACAUCAGGGAUAUCCCAUCAUUCACUUUUUGACCACAGAGCCUGAAGAUGCACUAAACGAGCUGCUUGUCGGGGAUAUUUGCAACGGCCGACUGCCACGACUCCAAAUACAAGAAUCGAGCUCAGACAAUGUGAGAUAUCAUCUCAGGCAGAUUAUUAGCGGGGCUCAGGUGUCUUCUGCAAUUUGGGACAGCGCAGUCAAGUCCCUUAAAGAUGAAGCUUUUGGACUAAAGACUCUUUACCUCCUCCGAGGACUCAUCUCAGAACGCAUUCUUCUGCUCUGUCUCAAGAAGAAGUGGAAUAUCCAGUUUGGAUUGCAUCCAGCAAGGCAACCCAUUGCGGUGCCUUUCGAAGCCAAGGGUGUUCCUUCACAGGCGGCCGAGUAUGGACAUCCGGAUACUGCACUUAUACUUACUUGUCUAGCCUUCUAUCAACAGGGCUUGUCCAUAGAGCAGGUAAAACAAGGGCUGCAAGGAGUGAUGCAAUCAGACGACCCAGUAGCUCACUACGAUCGAUGGAUUUGCUCAUGUGCCUCACUGCCCGCUUACCUUCGGUAUUGGAACUGCGUUGAUCUAGAGAAUGACCUACAAGUCAAAACACUUUGGGGAUAUCUACGGUUUGACCGCACUGUGAUAAAUCAUCACCUCAACACCUACGUUUUCCCUGUCCAUGCAAAGCAGUUCUCGGUGAAGCUUCAAGCGUCGGGCUGGGACAUCCCUCUGUUACAACCAAACGAGACAGGCCAGCACGGUAGCCUGACAACGGGCUUCAGUGGGACUAAUGACAACAAAAGGAUCUUGCCGCAAACUAUCAAGCAAGACGACCUACCCAAGUUACUUUGCACAAAUGCGGAAGUGCUGUGCCAUUUGUUGGAGAGCAGAAACAAAGACUGCCACCUUGCCGCAAAAGCUGGGUGUCAGGAUUUCUGCCGUCGCACCGAUGUGAUGUGGAAGCACCGCAACUUUGGCAAGAACAAGCAGGACCUGGAAAAGGUCCUUGAAGUGAUCCGACAAGAAGAGCAGCAAACGCUGCAGCAAAUGUAUGGGCCAAGGACGCAGCCUGAGCGGGAUGGCUUCGUUGAAUUUGCUUCUCCGCAGCUUCAGACAUUUGCUCUCAAUGUUGCGGGAAUGGCCCGGCACGGGCUGUCGAGCUGUCCUUCUGCAUUAAUGGAAGUCGAGCAGGAGAGAGAAGUUGUCUUUGAAGUCGAGCAAGUACGUGAGAGACAGAGUAGGACGGAGCACACUGCACUUGCAUUUCCCGGGGUUGACCAUGCCAUCAUGGUUUUCCUCGAAACGGGUCAACUAGAUACGAAAGCUACUAGCAAACGAGCGCCUUUGAUGCAGGCUUUUGACUACGUGGGAAGGACAAAGAUUGGGAAACAAUUUGGUGUCAAGUCGACCACCUCGCGUUUCUACGUCUCCAGGGAGUAUACUCGUACAAUUGCAGUUGACGGCCGGAUGGCAAAACACGAGAUCUUGCGACCCGUCCAUUGGAUCCUGUGGAGUCCAUCAUCAGAAACAGCACUGCUCAUCAUCCCGGAGGAGGCUGAUGCCAUCAUGCCUGUGCUUCGAAAAAUGGACACAACCCUCGUCUGGCUAUUUGGCUAUACGGCUCCGGUGACAAAAUCAAUGCAAGUCUUCAAUUGCCUUACUUAUCUGGCCGUUCCGUCCUGGCAAAGAAAUUGCAGACUGCCUACUUGGCUUAGCAUUGAAGUCGGUAUUUUGAGCGGCAGAUUGUACUUUGAGUUUUCAGAGUACAACGCUCUUCUCAGCUGGUUGGGCGUUCACCCCGACGAGCAACAAUCUGGACCUUCUACGGGCAUUCAGAUCCGCGAACCUCUUCAAUUUUUGCAAGAGUGGGUUACUUAUAGGCGCCAGACGGACGAUAUUCUGAAUACCCCGGUUGGAUUUGUGUGCCAGCGCCAACAUCUGCACGAGGGCCAUUUCUUCUUUCUGGGCCACGAGCCCAAUUAUGAGAGUGCCGCGAGUAUUAGCUCAGACGAAGCGCGCCUCGAAGAGACAGAUGACGAUGACGAGGUUGAUGAUACAGAGUCUACCGACGACGCAGAGGAGUGA